AAUUUCUAGAAGGCGGGGUUGGCCACGUGGAAAUGUUGUUUCGCUGCAACUAUUUAGCACUAGUAGGUGGAGGAAAAAAGCCCAAGUACCCACCUAACAAAGUAAUGAUCUGGGAUGACCUGAAGAAGAAGACUGUCAUUGAGAUAGAGUUUUCUACAGAAGUCAAAGCAGUGAAGCUGCGAAGAGAUAGAAUUGUGGUAGUCUUGGACUCAAUGAUUAAAGUUUUCACAUUCACACACAAUCCCCACCAGCUGCACGUCUUUGAAACCUGCUACAACCCUAAAGGUCUCUGUGUCCUUUGUCCAAAUAGUAAUAAUUCACUUCUUGCGUUUCCUGGAACACAUACUGGGCACGUGCAGAUAGUGGAUCUCGCCAAUACAGAAAAGCCUCCUGUAGACAUACCGGCUCACGAGGGAGUCUUGAGCUGUAUAGCGUUAAACCUGCAGGGAACAAGAAUUGCAACAGCAUCAGAAAAAGGGACCCUCAUAAGAAUAUUUGAUACUUCAUCAGGGCAUUUAAUCCAGGAGCUGCGAAGAGGAUCACAGGCAGCCAAUAUAUACUGUAUUAACUUCAAUCAGGAUGCUUCCCUAAUCUGCGUAUCCAGUGACCACGGCACAGUCCAUAUAUUUGCUGCAGAGGACCCUAAAAGAAAUAAGCAGUCAAGUUUGGCUUCUGCCACCUUUCUCCCCAAAUACUUCAGUUCCAAAUGGAGUUUUUCCAAAUUUCAGGUUCCCUCAGGCUCUCCGUGCAUUUGUGCCUUUGGAACAGAGCCAAAUGCUGUCAUAGCGAUAUGUGCGGACGGCAGCUACUACAAGUUCUUAUUCAACCAAAAAGGGGAAUGCUCAAGGGAUGUCUAUGCUCAGUUUCUAGAAAUGACAGAUGACAAGCUUUGACUGAGCUGAGGGCAGUGCAUGGGUCAAAGUACUGCCUUGGCUGUUCCACACCUUUGGAAGGACAGUAUAUGAAUGUCCAGUGCAACGUCCAAGAAGUUCAGCAGACCUCAUGGAGAAGCCUGGCCCAACAUGAUCACAACAAGCUCUGAAGUAGUGGACUACAUAUGUUUAUUCUCAUUUCUGCAAGUAUUCAUCAUUAAAACCUUUUUGGGUUACUGUC